AUGCUGGGGUUUAGCAAAAACCUCUCACAAAAUUUCUACAAGCAUCUGGUGUGCAAUAAGAGGUGUUUAUCAAGCUCUGUUUUCUCAUUCUCAACAUCAACAAAUCUUGCAAAACGAGUGGUGGGCACUCACAAUGGCAAGUUUCACUGUGAUGAAGCUUUAGCUUGCUUCAUCAUUCGCUUAACAGACAAGUUCUCCAAUGCUCGUAUAAUCCGUUCAAGAGAUCCCCAGGUUUUGGAGGCACUUGAUGCUGUGGUUGAUGUUGGAGGGGUAUAUGAUCCAAGUAGAGAUCGUUAUGAUCAUCACCAGAAGGGAUUUUGUGAAGUUUUUGGCCAUGGCUUCACUACCAAACUUAGUAGUGCUGGCCUUGUUUACAAGCAUUAUGGGGCAGAGAUAAUAGCAAAGGAGCUUCAGCUAAAUGAAGGGCAUCAAGAUGUGCAUAAGUUAUUUCUAGCAGUGUAUAAGAACUUUGUGGAGGCAAUUGAUGCUGCUGAUAAUGGAAUUAAUCAAUAUGAUAUAGAUCAACCUCCUCGAUAUGUUAAUAAUACAAGCUUGUCACAUAGAGUGGGAAGGUUAAACCUGGAGUGGUGUGAUCCUAAUCAAUCGUCGGAGAGAGAGGAUGAAGCCUUUCAACAUGCAUUGGAACUUGCUGGAACUGAAUUUUUGGAGAAUAUUCAUUUUCAUGCAAAAUCAUGGUUACCAGCUCGAGCAAUUGUCAUGGAGUGCCUUGCAUCGAGAGAAGAUAUUGACCACAGUGGAGAAAUCAUGGUGCUGACAAGAUCAUGCCCUUGGAAGCUCCACAUAUUUGAGCUCGAAGAAGAGAUGAAGAUCAAUCCUUCCAUCAAAUAUGUUAUUUACCAGGAUGAUAGGAGUGAAAAUUGGCGAAUACAGGCAGUGGCAUUGUCACCUGAUAAGUUCGAGAGCCGGAAACCUCUACCAUUACCUUGGAGAGGUUUGGAAGAUGAUGAGCUCUCGGAGGCAGCAGGGAUUCCUGGCUGUGUGUUUGUUCACAUGAGUGGAUUUAUAGGCGGAAAUCGAAGUUAUGAAGGUGUUCUUGCAAUGGCUAGAGCUUCUUUAAAGGCAUAA